UCUCAGGACUACUGGAGGUGUGUGAAGUGUGACGAGCUGAACCCCCCCCUCCCUAGAAACUGUCUCCGCUGUUGGGCGCUGCGCCACGAUUGGCUGCCCGAGGACAUAUCGAAGUCGGCCUGCUCCAGCCCUAAAGCCCUGCCCCCGAAGCCAACCGACCAAUCAGCAGCCACAGAAGCUUCAGGUAGCGAGGCGACACACUCCUCUCCGGAUGCCCUGUCUGACUCGGCGCUCUCCGCUCCCGACUCCCAGGAUCUCCUGUCAUCCUCGCAGCCUUCCUCCUCCUCCUUCUCCCAGCAGAAGCUCUGGACUCCUGACUCCCAGCCCUCCUCCUCCACCGACUCCCAGGAGCUUCUCCCGUCUUCCCCGGCCGAUCCGCCUCCCCCCGCGGUCCCCGAGCUGGAGCGCAGCGUGUCGGCGGAGUGGCGGCUGCCGGACUCGUGCCUGGACCCCUGUCUCAUCUGUCAGUCCCGGCCGAAGAACGGCUGCAUCGUCCACGGACGAACCGGACACCUCAUGUCCUGCUACGUCUGCGCCAGGAAGCUGAAGAAGAGGAACAAGCUGUGUCCGGUCUGCAGGCUGCCCAUCCAGUCUGUCGUCCUCACCUACCUCAGCUGAGACACCCCGUCUGUCCUCACCCUCCAUCUGUCCUCACCUACCUCAGCUGAGUUCACUAAACCAUUGAACUACAUUGAAUUAUCACCAAAUAAAAGUUCAGUGUGGUGUCAAGUCUCAGUCUCUCUCUCUUUGGGAAGCUGGUAAGACUCGGCAUUAGUCUCUGUUCUGUCAACAAGCUCACCAAAAGACCAAAACCAACAAUGUUAGUAGUUUUUUAAGCAGGGCUGCACCUAACCAUCAUUUUAAUCAUCACUUAAUUGACCUAAUUCAUCUUUUUGUCUAUAAUCGUUAAAUAGAAGAGCACAGUGAUAGAAAACAGACGAGCAGCAAAACGUCUCAUAUAGGAGAAGCUGCAGCUACUAAACGUUCAGCACAUCGGCUUUAAAAAGUCAAACAGGAGGAGAAUGUGUGUUUGUUUGUCGGGGACUAUUUUCAGCGGCGGAUGAAUCCACAUUUGGUGUUCUGGUGAUUAUUUGGGGCAGCGGGACGGUGAACGUGUGAUUGAGUCACAGUAAACUACAUUGUGUGUUGAUGCUAAUGAAGGAACAUGUGACACACGAAUAGUUUUUGGACCACAGUGGAUGUAUCUGACGGUUGGUUUUGGUCUUUUUUUAAAUGGGAUUUGUUGAUUUAAAAGGUAGAAUAUUACCUUCUACCAUUAUCUUUUUAAUUAUGCUUAAACCUCAAAACCAUUAAAUUAUUUUUCAUUCCAAAAACAGACAAUCUGCCCUCAACUGAAUGAAAUCUUCCUGUUUUCCAUCCCACCCAGAGUGAGAAGAAGUGAUAAAUAUCUCUCUUUGUCAAACACAGCAGAUGCUUAAUGACUGGAAGCAGCUUAGCUCCGUUUUAUAAGCGGGCAAUUAUAACUUUUUGAUAAUUUCCACCAUUUUCUCAUCUACAUUUGAGUUUAAAAAAAACAUCAGGACUCGCCAAAAUGUCAGAUUGUUCCUUUUAACUUCAUCAUCUGGUAACGCUGUAAUGUGGUGACGUUUUAUUUCAUGGGUCUAUAAUUUCUUAAGACAUUUCCUGGAAAGGAUUCUGUAAUUUUAUGUGAAUUAUAUGAAGAAAAAAGUAAAUGUCCAGCAAAAUUCAAAAAGAGAGACUGAUUAAUUUGAAUUAUUUAUUUCUAAGCAUAGCAAUUAAACACUUUUUUUCCUUAUAAUGAGUAACAGAUGACAUAGUUCUUUCCAGGAGUGUUUUUGUACAUUAUUAAGAAAUUAUUAAAAAGAAUUAUGGACCCAUGAAAUAAAGCUUUACCCUUUUAUAUUUUACAGGUUGUAAUUUCCAAAUCCCUUAACUUAAUUUGAAGUUCUGCUGAAAGAAGCAUGUCUUUUGGUAGCGUUUAUAGUAACUGCAUUGAGAGAGAAACGCAUUAAUUUAUUAUUAGACAAUGUAUUUUGUAUGCUAGCCCUGCUGUGCACUGAUUAAAACAUUCGCCAGGUUAAACUAGCAAUCAAUUAUCUCUUAUAAUUAAUACCAAAUGACAUCAUUCUUUCCAGGAAACCUUUAAAGAGUUGGAAAUUAAUAAACUGAAGUGUUACCUAAACAUCUUUAUUAUUUAUUAUAAGUUUAUUUAAGAUGCUCGAGUUUAUUUAAGCGGACACUUUUUCUAGGAGCUCUUUAAAUAACAAGAUGAAUAUAUAAGAUAUAUCGAAUUUCUGAUAUUUUCUGUUUGCAAUUGUCUGUGAAUUGAAUAGUAAUAAAAAAAAAAAUAACUUCUGUUAA